CUAGCACAUAUUGAAAAUCAUUGCUAUUUCAUUUUAUAACCGAUUUCUAUUUAUUUAUGACCGACUAGACAAUGAGUAUCAGUAAGGAGUCAUCCAUUAUCAUUAUUGGAUCAGGAGUUUUUGGAUUAUCGACAGCUUAUAAUCUAACUAAUGAAGGAUAUAAAAAUAUCACUAUCUAUGAUAAGACAGAUUUGUACGCAAUUAGUUAUCUAGGAGGUAACACGGCUUCUGCGGAUCUUAAUAAAGUAUUUCGCUCAUUUUAUGGUAAUGAAGAACAUUAUCACAAACUAGCCAUUGAGUCUAGAAAGAUAUUUGAGCAAUGGGAUAAAGAAUUGCAAUCGCCUGAACUUGAUACAGAAUUUGUUUCUAAAGUUUCACGAUUGAAAAUAAUUGAUGAUUCGGGUUUAAUCAGAUUGAAUACGGAAAUCACCGAUCAUGAAUUGAAGAAUCUUGAUACAUUUUCCAAGUCUGGAUUGAGACAUACUCAAUUUAUUCUUGAUGAUGAGGAAGAUGUGGCUAGGGGUAAAGGUUCAGGUUGGGAACAUAAGUUGAAUUUGUUUGAUGUGGGGAAGUAUAAGGGUGUCUUAGAUUCUACUAGUGGUAUUCUCUAUGCUUCUAGAGCUUGUACUUAUGUACAAUUUAUCCUUCGUAAAAGAGGGGUUAGGUUCAUCACUGGUGGUGAGCAAGGACAGGUCAAGCAGAUAAUUCAAACCGACGAUGGUGUAGUAAAGGGAAUUGAGACAGAAGAUGGGGUUAAACAUUAUGCCGAUUUAACUAUAUUGGCUGCCGGUCCUUGGUCAGCUAAACUUUUACCUGAAUUAACUAGACUAAGUGAAGCACAAUCUGGGAAUGUUAUACAUUUAAAGAUUCCUAAUGUAGAAGGCCUCCAAGAGAAAUAUUCUCCAAAGAAUUUUCCUAUUCUUUUAUGGAAAGUCAAUCCUACAGACCGUAGUGGCAUUGGAAUAUUCCCACUAACAGUCCCUGAAAACAUAAUGAAAAUUAUUGUUAUGCGUCCAAAAUUUAGAAAUCCUACACCUGUUGGUAAUGAAGGUGUUCAUACCCCUUCUAUUCCCUUAGAAGAUGAAUCAAGAAUAACCAAGGUAGUUAUAUCAAAAGUAAAGGAAUUCAUUUCUGAAUUCUUUCCGGAUUUAAUUUCUCAUGGUACAAAGAUAUUCAAGACGGAAGUCUUAUGGUAUACAGAUGCUAUUAAUAAUAAUUUCAUCAUAGACUAUGUUCCUAGUAGAAAAAAUUUGGUAGUUGUUACUGGUGGUUCUGGUCACGGAUUUAAGUUCUUACCUAACCUAGGUAAGUUUGUAGUACGCCUACUCGAGGGGCAUGAUGUAGAUGGGUACCUUCCAAUUUUCAAAUGGAGAGAUCCUGAAACGUUCGAAGAUAUUAAUGGAAUUAGAGAUUCAGAUAGAAUUUUGAAACAACAGGAAUUUGCAACUGCUGAAGAUUUACAAUUAGACUAAUUUCGUAUAAAUACUAAAUAAAUAUUGUUUUGCAC